CCAAACCCCCGCUGCAGGCUCGCAGCAACACCCAGGCUACUCCCAGCCACCGCAGCCAAUGCCUGCGUCACACGGCCGUCGAAGCCGUAGCAUGUCCGUUUGCGUCCCCCCUUCCUCGUACUCCUUUUCCCACGCUCCUUCGUCCCUGGCCGUUCCUCCGAAACAGCCCGCCACGCCUCCUGCAGACCUGUCCUUCCACACCUCCACCUCUGCCACCUCCCCCUGCGCACCUCUCGCUUCUGAGAGGGACACAUUCGCGGGCCGCCUCUCCAAGGCCCUGGAGACGGUGCUGCCCCUGCACUCGGGCUCCUCUCAGCCCAGGGCCAGGCAGCGGAGGGCCAGCCUGCCUGCCCUGUUCUCCACUCCUCAGCACUCAAUGCCACACCCCUUCGGCGGAGGAGCGAGCUCGGCCGGAGGAGUCCCAACUCUCCCGGAGCCUCCGGCUAUUUUCUUCCCCUCCAUCCCCGAGCGCCCCGUUUCCUUCUCUCCUCCUCCCACCGGCCCUCCGAAGGGCUACAACACCCAGAGACGUAAAAGCACCUCCAUUCUGGAGGCGCAUACGCGGCACUUCCAGCCCGCCUACCCUCGCUACGGGAGCACCCUGCACCCGUUUUCUGGGAUGGAAGCUGUUGAGGGUCCGUCUCUCUUUAUGGUGAAUCCUGGCUUUGCUGCAGCGGCUCAGAGACUCGGCCCUGGCGAUUCUCUGCAUCUCCCUGGGCAAUCCGAGCCGACUUUGUAUGGCUAUAAGGACAUGAGAGCGGAACACGAGGAAGCUGUGAGGCGGCUGAGUCUUAAUCAAGCUGCUUUGUUGGACCAUUACGAAGCAAUGGCGUAUGCGGGGUAUCCGAUGACUGCCCACCAGCUGGGUCAUCUGAGUUUCCAUCAUCAGAGGCAGGCAGCAGCUGCGGCAGCGAGCUUGGGCUUUGAUCCUGGUCCUCCACCUCAACCAGGGUUCAUCCACCCACAGAUCAUGCAGAGAAUAAGCGCACACAGCCCAAUACCUCCGACGUUGCCCCCCAUGACUCCUUCCACCGGUGGUUCAAUCUCUUCUUCAUCGUCCGAGGGUUGCUUUCCUCCACAGCAUGCGUCCUCAUCCCCCUUCCCCAUUUCUGCACCUCCAGUGAUGGCUGACACGCCGCCUGCUGGAAGUGUUUUUGAGUUCCAUCUAGCUGCGGCCGCUGCGGCCGCCGCUGCAGACCCGAACCUGCUGGCUUCCAGGAUUUACAGAGCUCGUCGCAGCUCCAUGGACCUCCCUCUGGAGGACAGCUCCGGGACGGGGUCGGGUGGUUCGGGAACCUACAACCGAUUACAGCCGGUAACGGAGGAGCUCUACGCCUACAUCAGCCCAGAGCUUCCUUUGCCUCCAGGAAACCUCCUCCUUCACCACAUCGGUUUGAUCGCAAAGGACCGAAGUCCUGAACCGUCCAGCGACUCUCUGGCCUCCUCUGAUGCAGGAGAGUUUCAGUCGCCUCCUCCUCCGAAUCUCCCCGCUCAGUUCGACUCGUCGGCUGCUCAGUCAAUCCCUCGGUCCUCCUCUUCCGCACACUACGAUUUCUUGGGGGGAGCCCUUUUCCAAGAACCCCAGGGUCAUCCGCCUUCAGUCCAGAGCUUUUUCCCUCCCACCCCGUCGUCUGAACUCCCACCUGGCGGCGCGUCGUCGGCUCAGCCGGAGUCUCUGCAGAGUCCCUGGCUCCAGCAGCAAGCCCAACACGAUGCAGCCCACCUUGAGUCAAUGCAGGCUUCUAUUCCCCCUCUGCAGCAGGUUCAGACUCCCACCCCUAAACCAAGUUCAGGAACCCCUCUGGUUCCUGCCGCCACACAGCCUGAUCCCACAGGGGCUUCCCAACAGGCUGUGUUAUCUGGUCAGAGUUCUGUUUCCCUUCAGAGUCCAACCCACACAGCACUGCAGCAGACGUCUGCACAGCCCAGUUUACCUCCGCCAACUUCUACUGUUCCCAUGGCGACUCUCCCUUCUCCGUCGGCUCUUCCGACACCAGUCGUGCCCUCCCUCCCCUCUCCUCUGCCUAUCCCUGUUGGGGUGGUGCCUACACUCGUUCCCUCUCCUCUUCCUCCUGUGCCCACACCUGUGCCUCGGCCUUUGGCCACCGUGGUGCCAGUCAUCAGCGUAGUCACCGUCCCUCCUGACUCUCCCAUGGAAGCCCCUCCUAAGUCGGCUUCGCAAUCUUCAGAGCUGUCGCAGGGCCAACUGCAGCCACCCCAAGUUCUCUCAUCUAUAGAAAGCAGCCACUCGGAGACCUCGGGCCUGAGCGAUGGAAACGAAGGAGGAGGCGGCGGCCGUCAUGAGGGUCGCUCCGCCAAACGGCAUCAGAGGCGUUCUGUGCGAAGCCGGUCGCGUCACGAGAAGACGUCCAAGGCGAAACUCCACGUCCUCAGUAUCUCCAACCGAGGAGACAGAGUGGCAGAGUGUCAGCUGGAGACUCACAACAGGAAGAUGGUGACAUUUAGGUUCGAUCUAGACGGAGACAACCCUGAGGAGAUCGCCCAGAUUAUGGUUGAGAGUGAGUUCAUCCUGGAGAGUGAGCGAGAGUCGUUCAUUGAGCAGGUCAGAGAGGUCAUCGAGAACGCUGAUCAGAAGGGAGACGCAGGUAGUCAGAAGAUUGGUGAUAAAGAAGAGCAGAUUCCUGCAAUAAGCAGCCCCAUGCCGGACAUCCCUCCUAGUGCGACGUCACAAGUGGUCCACUCAGCAGGACGGAGAUUUAUCGUUAGUCCUGUACCAGAAGACAGACUGAAGGACCAAACCCUGCCCCCCUCACCAACACCUGCCCCGGCAACUCCUUCUGAAACUGUCCAGUCUCAUUCUCCUGGCCAGAUGUUGGUAUUUUCCCAGUCUGCAGGAGCGGUCACGUUACAGCAAGCCUUCUCUGAGCUCAGGCAGAGUAAAAACCAGUACGACGCAGGCCCCAGCACUGCCCCGGCCUCCAUCCACUCCACACAUCCUCCCCUGCAGCCCGCAGCGGCAGCGGCCUCCCCGCACAGCAGCGUAGUCACUCCCUCCGUGGAUUCAAGUCUAAAUCAAGUCAAAGAGCAGCUCAGUGAAGCGUCUCUUCCUCCCCUCUCCCUCUCCUCAUCCUCCACCUCCGCGCCCCCCGUCUCCUUCAGUCCUCCCUUUUCUUCGUCUCCUCCUCCCACCGUGGUAAAUCAGAUCAUCCUCCAGUCUCAGCCUGUGAUGCAGGCUGCGUCUCGACCACAAGCACAAAGUCAGACGCAAACCCAGCCCCCGGCUUACAUCCAGCCCCAAACAGUUUCUGCCGCCUCGCUGCUUACCUCCGUACCAACGGCCAGCAUCUCCAGCGUCCCGCCGACGGUGCUCACUUCCUCUCUUCUAGGCCAGACUGUGCCGUUCGUAUCCUCGCCUCCUUCCUCUGCUCUCGAACUGUCGUCGGAUCAUCUGUCAGUCUCCCCCACCUCUGCCUCCACUGUCCCCACUACGGCCAUCCCAGGUCCACAGAUGUCUCCACCCUCCUCCGCCCCUCCAGUUCCCGCAGCUGGCUUGUCUGCCUCUGUGGGUCUCCAGCCGGUGACCACAGCCGUUCCUCCAGUCCAGCCCACUCUGGUCCACUCGCAGCCACAGACUGCAGUCCUGCCGGGGCAGACACACACACACUCUGUGUCUGGAGAAUGUGACACGAGGACUGAGACUUCCUCCGAGUCCGUAGGCAAACCGGACGACAUCCAAGCUCUGGACAAGAAGCUGCGCUCGCUCUUCAUGGACCUCGGUGGAGUGGUGCCGUCCACACAGGGAGACGUCCUACCUGCUGACCCCGCCUCUGGAACCUCCGUGGCUGGCACCUCGUCCCCCAUAAGCGCCGGCCCCACCUCCACCACGUCUGUAACUUCUCCUUGCUCCACCCAGUCAGUCAACCCACCGCUGCCCCCCUCCAGCCUGGCACUGGGCCCUCUGGGGUCAGCGGCUCCCGUGCAAGGCCCAGGGACACCUGUGGCCACCCCUGCAUCAUCCAUAAUCCCUGCCUCCUCUAUGGGUCAGACUACUCCAUCCAAAACCCCCCUAUCCAGGGUACCGGCCACUUCUCCUCCUUCAGAGCUCCUGUCACCCUUCCCUGGACCUUGUCUAAUACAGUCACAGCAGCCUCUGGAAGACCUGGACGCCCAGCUGAGGAGAGCAUUGAGUCCAGAAACUGUCCCUGUGAGCUCACACACACAGGUCUCUCUCAGCAGUGUUCCUACAAUAGGACAACCAAUUCCAUUCUCACUGGAAGAAGAAAAAGCCCCUUCCCCUGCUCCUCCUCCUGCAGGUGGAAUUAAAUUAGGAAGAUUUCAGGUGUCCUUGGCUGCCGAAGAGCCUGCUGUCCAGCGCCCGUCCUGCACAGAGUCUUCUUCCACCACUUCCUCCUCCACUUCGUCCUCCUCCUCGUCCUCCAGUCUCUCCAGCCCGGAGAACACGUUGCACAAAGACUCCCCAUCCCGUCUAAGAGGGAAAGGAGUGAAAGGCGGAGACGUUGUGGAUGGGCUCCCCCAGAAGGCUCCGGCGGGAUCCCACCUCGCCUCCCCUCUCGGUUCCCCGUGCCGCUCCCCCAAACCCACCACCACCAUCGGCCGCUUCCAGGUUACGACCAACCCCGAGACCCGCGUCGGCCGGUUCUCGGUCAGUCGCGCCCAGGAGCAGACCCAGCAGCCCAAGCAGAGCCCUCUGCCACCUGCCGCUCGGGCUGCUGCUAACGGACCCAGCGAUCCCGGACAGGUUCUGUCUCCAGACUCGCCUCACAAAGCCUCCCUGCCGAGCCUAAACAACAACUCCUUCAACAACUCCUACAUGAGCAGCGACAACGACUCUGAAUUUGAGGAUGAAGACUUUAAGCAGGAAGUCCGAGGCCUCAGAGAAAAGCACAUACAUGAAAUUCAGGCCCUCCACUCUCGCCAGAAGGAGGAAAUCGAGCGUUUGUUUACAAGGCUGGGAAAGGUGCCUCCAGCUGCUGUGAUCCCACCGCUCAUCGCCUUUACUGGCAGAAGGCGGCGGCCCACCAAAAGCAAAUCUUCAAAAUCGUCCAGAAGCAGCUCCACCCACGGCAGCAAGAGCCCUUUACAGCCAGGCAGCACUUUAUCCGCCCAGAGCGUCCCGGCCGUGUACCCCGGCCAGCUGCCUCUGCUGGCCCCCGGAGUGCUGGCCGACACCGUGCUCCAGCCCCUCAAGCAGUCCGCCUCCAGCGGCAACCUCUGCUCAGCCUACACCAGCGAGGCGGCGCUGUCUGUGCCCAGCUUGUGUGCUCCGACCCCGGGCUGUGUAAAGUUCAGCUGGGGUUCGGAGCGUGUGGCCUUCAAGCCGGGUGGCAGGAGGACGCGCUUUCUGAGUACGCCCUGCUUGGCUCUUUGGAAGAUGGUGAAAAAAGUCUGCCCCUGCAACCAGCUCUGUAGGACGAACAGCACCAACGCAGUGAGCGGUUCAGAGGGGCUGGGUCAAAGCCAGGGCGGCUCCCAAUGUCUGGCGCCCAACAUGUCAGCACCCCACCAGAGGAAAGGAACCUUCACCGAUGACCUCCAUAAACUGGUGGACAACUGGGCCAGGGACGCCAUGAACCUCUCACAGGGUAAAAGGAGUGCCAAACAGCAGCAGCUGCAGCAGGCCCCAGCACAGGGACACAGUUAUGAGGUCACCCAGUCGGCCAGUCUGGGCAGGAAGUACUCGGCUCCCAGCCAGCUGUGCCCCAGCAGCAUCGGAGGCUCCGCCCACCUCCCUGCAAACCCCACCAGCGCUACCUCUCUGGCUGCCAGAAAAGGCUCCCUCUGCCACCCUCCCGCCUCCUCUGCCCCGCCCCAACUCCAGCCCCCGCAGUUUAUCCCCUACGCCCCCAGUGCCGCCUACACCGCCCAGUGGUGCGGUCCGGCUCACAGCAUGGCGAACCCGCAGCAAGCACCGACGCAGCCUCUCUUGGUCAGCGCCUCCCAGCCUUUGGGGCCCUACCCGCCUCCACAGGGCCAUCUACCGGGACAGGGCCCCUACCUGCUCACUGCCACUCUGCAGAAGUCGGUGAGCAGCCCAGGGGGGCCGAACAUGAGGACCACGUAGGGGCUGGCCGCCAGGGCCGGUUUUACUGACGGACAGCCCAGUCGGACAGGUGAAAGGAGGCUUGUUUUGCAGCCAGAGGAAAAAGUGGUGCACUGGAGUGGAGAAAAAAAAAUUGUAGCAAGAAAUACAAAAUAUUAGCAGUGUGUAGGUGAGGCGCCCUCCUUGCUUUGGGGUCGUGACAACCAGCCAAACGGAUCAAACGGAAAGGAAAAGAAAUGCAUGUUUUGUUUAAAGAAGGUUUCUGACCAA